UAGUAAAAUGUUACGACUCAGAAUGCGUUGUUUGUGAUACACUGUCUUCACUUUUCUGCAUUUCAGCGUUCAGUACAGGACAGUACUUCACUACUUCAGUCUGAAGAUAUCAGUCGACGGUUCGACCCGUCUUAACUUUCACCAGUCCACCCUCCGCAGUCUGUAUAUCGUCAUCGAAUAUUGAAAUUUCUUCGGAUUUCGAGAUUUGGUUUUUUGAUAAUAGACACCUAUACUACUCGAUACUCUGCCUGUUAGAUUAAGCGCAAGGUCACUUGAACUAUAUCAUCUAAGUUUAUGCUCCUGAUCGAUCCGACAUUCCCUGUUCACCGUUUAAUUUAAUUACAGUGCAGUGUGCACUUGAAUUCGUUCAAUUGCUAAAAUGAAUCCUAAUCAGCCUAAUGCCGGAGCUCCUGGUCCUGGUACCCCAGGAAAGAAAAAACAGAAAAAAGGUCAUCAACAAGAUAAUUCAAAUAUUAAUGUUGGAGAAGGUAAAGGACCAUCAAAUCCAGGACCAAAAGACUUUCCACAAAUGUCUCAAAGUAAGCCAGAUACAAAACAGGAGUUUACAAAAAAACAAAAUAAACCAAAGGAAACUAAACAACAGCAAGCCCAGAAACAAAACCAACCAACAGCGAGUAAACCACCAGGACAAAAUGACUUUCCACAAAUGUCUCCAAGUAAGCCAAAUACAAAACAGCCGGCAAAACAAAAUAAACCAAAAGAAGCAAAUAAAAAACAGAAUCAGCCUGCUGGGACUAAACCCAAUCAAAAACAAUCUGAAGGCAAUAAUGCACCUGCUGUGCCACAAUCAUCUCCGACUCAAGGCAAUCAACAAAUUGAACAACAAAUUGUAAUCUUAAAAAGUAAGUUACAUAUUCCUAAAAGAAGAAAUCCGAAGGCUGGAGGUUCUCUGGGGCGUCAAACUGUAAUUGAUGUGAAUCAUCUUCCUCUUGACCUUGAUAAUUUGUUCAAAAAACUUGUCUACCAUGUGGAUGUACAAUUCACACCAGAACUACCAAAAAGACUUCUAAGAAAUGCUUUGGAAGAAUUUAAUGCAAGACAUUACCCGAAAGUUAAUUUUGCAUUUGAUGGACGAAGAAAUAUGUAUACUAUAAAAGAGAUAAAAGCGAAAACUGAUACAGUAUCAGUUUUAAAUGAUGAAAAUAAUAGAACGAUUGACUUUAAUAUUUCAACCUCAAUUGUCAAUACAAUUCAGAUGAAUAAAAUUCAGGAAUAUUUAAAAUCUGGAUCGUCCAACACUCCCCCAGGUGAAGCAUUUCAAGCAUUGGAUAUUGUUUUGAAAAACCGUCCAUUUUCAUUAAGAUUCACUAAUGUUGGAAGAUCAUUUUUCCCACUUCCACGUAUUACACCUGUUGACUUGGGCGAAGGAAUGGAAUUAUGGAAAGGAUUUUUUCAAAGUCCUGUUAUGGGUUGGAAACCUUACCUCAAUAUAGAUGUGGCGCAUAAAGGAUUUCCCAAGCAUCAACCAUUAAUAGACUUCAUAGCAAAAGAAUUGAAUUGUGAUAUCAAUGUAGAAAUGGAUCAAAGAAGUUACAAUGCGUUAUCAAAUUAUGUUAAAGGAUUGAAAAUUGACUUUAUGGUUCCAAAUCAACCCAAUACAAAACGUUCAUACAAAGUAGUUGGUCUCCUUGACACUGCCUCUAGAUUUAGAUUUGAUAUAGAAGAUGCUACUAGAGGUAGACAAACACUUAAUGUAGUUCAAUACUUCAGAAUUACUCGAAACUAUGUUAUCAAGUAUCAAAAUUUACCAUGUUUACACGUUGGCAACGUUAACAAGAAAACUGCUAUUCCAAUUGAACUAUGCAAGGUUCAAAGAGGACAAUUGCGUUUGAAAAAAUUAUCUGAAGUUCAAACUGCAGCCAUGGUGAAGAAUGCAGCUAGGCCUCCUGGAGAACGACGACAAACUAUUGAAAAUUGCAUCAAAGACAUUAAUUACAACGACGAUAAUGUAUUGAAAGACUUUGGUAUUGAAGUUACAGAACAGUUUGCUUCAAUACCAGCAAGAGUUUUGGAUCAACCUUCGUUGGCUUAUGCUCAAAAUAAGGAAACUAAACCAAGAGCUGGUGUUUGGAGACCUGAUAGAUUUUCUAAAGCAGUACAUAUUAACAAAUGGGUUGUAUUGAAUCUAGACCAGCGUACUAAUAUUGAAAGCAUAAAAAACUUUGAAAAAAGUUUGAUGAUGAGUGCUAGAGACUUGAAUGUUGUUAUAAACCCAAUGUAUCCUGUAAUUAACUGUUUUUUGCCAAGGAAUAAUAGUUUAUCUGAACUAAAAAAUCUAAUGGGGAACCUUUUUGCAAAGCAAAAAGCUUGCGAUACAGAAUUAAUUGUGGUUGUUAUUCCAGAUUAUCCUCCAGGAAUUUAUGCUUCUGUUAAGCAAAAAUCAGAACUGGAAGUUGGUGUUCUUACACAAUGCAUUAAAUCCAAGACUAUGUUUAGAAUGAAUACAUCAACAUCUUCCAAUAUUCUACUAAAAAUAAAUUCAAAAUUAAAUGGAAUCAACCACACUCUUGCCAACAGAAGCAGCCCGCCUAGUAUGGAUGGAGCAAUUAUUUUUGGUGCUGAUGUGACACAUCCAUCUCCUGAACAGACUACUAUUCCAUCAGUUGCUGCUGUAGCAGCCAGUCACGAUAUUUAUGGAAGCCAAUACAAUAUGGAAUGGCGCUUGCAAUCUCCUAAAGUAGAAAUUAUUCAAGAUCUAGAAGACAUUGUUCAUAUUCAAUUGGUUAAAUACAAAGACAGAACCAAAAGUGUGCCGAAAAAAAUAUUUUAUUUUAGAGAUGGUGUAAGCGAAGGCCAAUUUCUACAGUUGUUGGAAUAUGAACUGAUUGCUAUUCGAAGAGCUUGCCUUCGACUCAAUAUCAACUACAAACCUUCAGUGACAUUUUUGGUCGUACAGAAACGACAUCACACCAGAAUGUUUCCCAAGUACAGUUGUGACAUGGAUGGCAAGUUCGCUAAUGUUCCUUCUGGCACAAUUAUAGACACUCAAAUUACACAUCCAACAGAACUUGAUUUUUAUUUAUGUAGCCAUGCUAGUAUUCAAGGCACGUCCAGACCAACCAAGUAUCAUCUGAUAUGGGAUGACAAUAAUUUCACUGAAGACCAGUUGGAACAGCUGACAUUUUAUCUCUGCUUUAUGUUUGCACGUUGUACCCGUUCUGUUUCAUAUCCGGCACCUACAUACUAUGCCCAUUUGGCUGCAUUUAGAGCACGAGCUUAUAUUGAAAACAAAGUCAUCAACCUCAACAAUUUAGAUGAUGAGCAAACCAGAAAUCAACUUAACAAAUCAUUCACGGCUAAUACUCCCAUGUUUUUUGUUUAACAUUUUUUAACUAAAUAAUUUUUUUAUCUCAAUUUUUUUUGUAAUUCUAAAUUACUUUUUUUUUGAGUAUUAAAUAUAUAUGUAUUUAUCUCUAUAUUAUUACCCAUGUUAUACUAUAUCUUUUUAACUUUUUAAGACGAUUUUUUUUUCUUAUAUACUUAGCUUAUAUUUUAUUUCGCUUUCUUAAUAAAGUCAUAUUCCAACCUAA